GUUCAGUUCAGUUUGCCAGAACUGCGGUGCCCGUAGUAGUAGUACCGCGACGGUAGUUGUAGUUGUAGUAGUGUCCGCGUCGAUCCACUGGCAGGGUCCGCAAACAAGCAGCCCAGCCCAGAUCCCCAACCUGAAACGAACCACACCAAGUAGUAGUCUCGCCAACGCGCCUCUCUCUAUCCUGGUCCCUUUUUCCCUACACCUAAUCAGAUAUUCUCGCUCCUUUCAGCACGGAGUGCAUCCUUCCGUCAACACCACCUGCGAUCUUUACACCACGGAAGACAAGGAUAAUAAUGGCCUCCUCGAUAGAAAGAGCAGUUGUUACCCUCUCGCUGGCCCUGGCUCUCGCGUCGCUGGCGGCAGCACAAUACGAUACCGACCUCGUUGGAACAUGGACCACGAAAUCGAAGAAGGUCAUGACCGGACCGGGCUUCUACAACCCCGUCGCCGACCGAUUAAUCGAGCCCGAAUUGACGGGAAUAUCCUACUCUUUUACAAGCGAUGGAUACUAUGAAGAGGCGUAUUACAGGGCCAUUUCCAAUCCGGCGGCCCCAAACUGCCCAUCAGGAAUCAUGCAAUGGCAACACGGCACCUACUCGCUUCCCGGUAACGGGAGCAUUGUCCUCGAACCGUUUGGCGUCGACGGGCGGCAACUGACCUCGACCCCCUGUUCCUACGAUCAUUCCAUCUACAUUCGCUACGAGCAGCCCGAACUUUUUAAAUCGUACGAAGUCCUGACGGACCCUUACCACAACGUGAAACGGUUGAACCUGUUCAAAUUCGACGGCUCGCCCAUGCAGCCCAUGUACCUUGCCGCAACGCCGCCACAGAUGCUGCCCACCCAGACCCUGAAUCCCACAUCAGGCGCCCCGACCGCCACGGGAAAGAGCCGCGUCAAGAGAUCUUCCGAGGGAGGAGAUAGGGCCACAGAUACAGACACCCAAGAACAGCAAAGACUGGUGGCGCCCAUGAACAAGAAUACCGUUUUUAAACCCAGGGACCCAGUUAACCCGGAUCGUUGGUGGUGGGCCGGGGUGGGCCUGACUGCUCUGGGGACGGCGCUGUAUAUGUUGCCGACAUCUACUUAAUAAUCGGUCGAGGUUUGCAAAAUGUGGCGUUCUCUUCGCUGAGGGUUUGAAGGAGAAGCAUGGGAAUAACUGAGGAGUCUGGGUCUAGGAGUGGUAUUGGUUGGGUUUUGCAUCUGUUACACUGCAUCGAGAGGUAUUCUGGUCAAACACGCCUCUUGUUCGAGCGACAUGGGUCCCUGGAGUACCAGGGGGGAUUGGAUUCGGAUGGCGAGGCGCGGCGCAUUAUAGAAGGGAUGGGCGUUCAGAGAUUUGAAUCUGCAUUUUACGGCCUUACGGGGGCCAAUACUGGUAAUGGAGUUCAGGCACAUCAUGGUGCGUCAGGAGAAAGAUUCCAGACAUUGAAUGACCACAGAAUGCAUGGCCUGCAACACAGUCGGACUGCAAGGUGUUCCGAGGUUGGGUUGCAUUGGGAUUGCCCAACGGCUGUUGGACAACGUGCAAGGAUGCACGACGGGCCAAAAGAAUGGUUUAGAGGGCUCUACUAGUAUGCUGAACUGCACACAGAAGCCAGGACUCAACUCUUGCGCUGGUGUGCUGCACGGGAAAACAGGUCAAAUCUGGUGGUACUAAUAGCUCAUGUACCUACAGUAGGUGUCGGGUAUCUACCUAGUAGCGAAUACUAGUAGCGGUCACUCAUUGACAUGGCUCUCGGCGACAUGCAGUGGCCGCCUUACCUAGGUAGGCACUGUAUCCUUUUCAUCCGCUGUCCUCCACUGGAGAACUUUCUAGUCUAGUCAUCAUCCACCGCACUGCAGGGUACUUCAGCCGUUGCCACGCAUACAGUCUGCCAGUUCUGUGAUGCGAACUGCAGUGUGAAAGCAGAAGUCUGGGUAACCCCAAAGAUCCACUGUAUGCAUGGCUUUCGUUGUACACGUCAAUUCAGAUACACGCCAGGUUUGGAGAGUUCCUCUUUGGAUGGUGUCGCAAUCUGGCGACCGUUGACUUUCCUGCGCCGCACGAAGAGAAAGAUUAGUAUGAGGGGUUUUCAACCAGGACGUUAGUUUCUUCUCUCGCAUCACGAGGGCGAGAUCAGGGGAGGGUAGAGUGCUCCAGCGUGUGCGUGUUUGUUUGGUUCAUGGGUUAUGGAGGGGGUUUAUUUUGAGCUGCCAUGAAAAGAGACGUUUUUUUUUUCUUUCCGCGGCGAUGAGAUGACAUUUGAGCUGUCUAGGUAGGCAGGUAUAGGUCAUUGCAGUGGUCAAUUGUGAUGGAUGGGUACGAAGGGAAGGGACGAAAUGGCGCAGUGUCAGUUCGCCGAGGAGCAAAACAAACCCUGAAGGCAAUGUACGAUAACAUCGGAAAAGUGAAGUUUGAAAACCCGAGGCAACCGGAUUUCCCUAGUAAGGGUACUAAAGAGAACGGCCGUCUACUUUCCUGAGAUUCAACUUGUCAAUGUCGACGUCUUUCAGUACCCGCACCUAGAUUCGGCAUGGUAUGUUAGCCUGAAGUGGUCUUUGGACAGAUGCAUCCUUCUUGUCUCCAUAUUUGACAAAAUUGAAUGGGAGAGAGCAUCAGGGGGGAGGGCCAAAUGUGAAGAAAGGCUCCAGGCCAGUAUUGAUAGAGGAAAAUAGCCUUGGUAAGAGCCCAUGAUGCAGGGUUCUGAGAACCUUAGGCAACGUGGAUCGAGCCUGGUGGACCCGUGAAAUAGGAGAAAUG